UCUGGGGAAAGACAGAGGUGGUCCACAGUUAGAAAUGUUUACUUAAGUUAAUAGGGCCUCCCUAUAAAUGCCAGCCCUGGAGUCAAUGGAGCAGGAAUUCCUGCACACAGGACUGAAGAGCUACACACCCACUUUCAGGUAUACACGCAUGCACACACGGCCAGGGAGAAGGUGACAACAUCAUAGCUAAUCACUGUAGGUAGUGAUGUGGUGGUGCGUGCCUAGAGACUGUUGUGCUGCCAGCUCGUCAAUAUCUUAUUCUUCAACCAGCCUGAGAGCACGUCAGAUGUUUGGAAAGAUCUCAGAAGACACAAGACAGCAGAACUGAAUACCAGUGACCUGAGGUCCAAGACAGCAGAGAAAACAAGAAGUCAUUCUUCCUUGGGCUUUGGCAAAGACAGACGGAAAGCAACCCUCCUGGAGUUUCCUAGGACAGUCAUUGUAUCUACACAGUGCUUGUACAUAGCCUUGAAGAAAGAAAUACCCCUAGGGUUAUAUGUCUACACUCCGAAUUCCAGCCAGAAAUGUAUCUUUUCAACACGCUAAAGUGUGCAAACAUUUUUUUUUUUUUGCAAGUACCUUACCUUGCUCUCAUCAUUCUAAAAGUGUUAAAUAAAGGAGGCCAUGGCUAGCCCAGUGCGGCUUCACCCAGACACUGCCUUGCUCCAGUCAGCCCGCUGUGCCUCCAGUUUCUCUGAGAACUCUUUGGCUGUCCUCAAAACGGAAGAUGGGACAGUGGAGACUCUAGAGCUGGUGGACAAUAAGCCACGGCUGGACAGCAGUGACCGUGCCCUUCCGGGACUCUACCUGUCCUGUUUUGACAUGUUGUUUACUGAGGAUGCCACCUGGCUGGUGAGGGUGACUGACUCGUCUGCAUCAGUUGCUAGUGGACCUCAUCAAGAACCAUGUCCAGAGCCAGAGCAAUGUCCUGUGAUUGAUAGUCCUGGGCUUGGGAGUGAGCCGCUGUCCCCUGGCCUUGAAGACCAGGUGGAGGAGAGAUCUCUGGAGCAAGUGCAGAGCCUUGUGGUUGGAGAAGUGCUAAAAGACAUUGAGACAGCCUGCAAGCUGUUAAACAUCACACCAGAUCCGGUGGAGUGGAGUUGUGGAAAUGUGCAGAAGUGGCUGUUGUGGACAGAGCAUUUGUAUCGACUCCCUCAGGUGGGCAAAGCAUUUCAGGACCUCGAUGGAAAAGACCUGUGUGCCAUGACUGAGGAUGAAUUUCGACAGCGUUGUCCACAGUGUGGUGACACACUCCAUGCUCAUCUAGACAUAUGGAAAUCAGCUGCCUGGAUGAAAGAGAGAUGUUCAGUAGGAGAAAGUAGAAUGACAGAGAGAGAGGAGUUGUGGUCAGAAGCAGAUUCAUCAUGCUCCGGUCAGCCCAUCCAUUUGUGGCAGUUCCUCCGAGAGCUCUUACUGAAACCACAUAGCUACGGACGCUGCAUCCGCUGGCUCAACAAAGAGAAAGGUAUUUUCAAAAUCGAAGAUUCUGCUCACGUAGCGCGACUUUGGGGUCUGAGAAAGAACCGGCCAGCGAUGAACUACGACAAGCUUAGUCGCUCCAUCAGGCAGUACUAUAAGAAGGGAAUCAUUCGCAAACCAGAUGUGUCUCAGAGACUGGUUUAUCAGUUUGUUCACCCAGUAUGAGUCCAAAAAUCAGACAGAUGACAAAUCGUUUGCUAUGCACUGACUAACUGCCUAUAGGAAUUAGAGUCUAUGCACUCUGGUACUUUUCUGUUUAGGGCUGAUGUUUAGGUCUGGACUCGUUGUUAAUUUAAUUUCAAAGAUUUGCUUAAAUUAUAUCUUUAUUAUUUCUAUUUCCAAGUGCCAUUCAGUGUGGUCACUUUUACAUGAAGACAUUUCAGCACCUGGUUGUAAUCUUAAUAAAAAAAAUUUUUGCAUCAGACAUUUUAUGAUUAUAUAGGUCAUAUUUAAUGCCUGGUUAGUCGCAUUGUCUGCCUGUCUCAGUCGAUCAGUUAGCUUAUUAGCAAACAUCCAAGAAAUUGAGUUAUAACCUAGGAUCAGUUCCUACAAGUAUUAGGCACUUACCAAAUGUGGAAACGAGUUUAAAUUCACUUUUAAUGUUGUAAAUUUAUUCUUUACUUCAAAUACUGACUCUGCUGUGUCAAUGCUUGUGGUUUUGUUUGAGCAAACCUCCACUCCCUGUGCGAAUGAGUGGCCAACUCAAGCACAUGUUUGGGUUUGGUCUUGGCCUCCACCCAAUUCAGUUUUUUUUUAGGCCUAAUCACACAGCAAACUUAUUAACUCUCCCUAAAGGCAUCAACAGUAAAGAAAUUUUUACCCUCACUGAGCUCCCAUGAAUGGUCAUCCUCUAUAAGAAUGUCAGCUUGUGCUCUCUCCAAUCAGCAUCAAAAGGUGCACUGUUUUGGAUAAUGGUUAAUGUUAUUAGUAAUAUUUCAUUAUUCAAGGUCUGAUAAAAAUGUUCCUUAUAAAAGUUCUUUGCAGUUACGAUGCAAAGUUAAGUGGUCAGAUAUUAAGGACCUACUAUGAAUUUCCUGCCUUACAUGUAGGCUUUUUUUUCUUUUGUUCCUGUGCCUUUACUUACUUUUUUGUUGUUGCAGUGUCUGCCAUUGUUAAAAAUAUAAAAAAUUUGUUAAUACAUUGAAGUAAAAUGUUCUGUUAUUAAAAGUCUCCUUACUUUACUAAAAGUUACUAAAGGUGUUUUUUUCCCCCAAAACCUUUCCUUAACCUACACAUUCUACAUGCAAAAUAAAUAAUGAAAAGCUAAUGAUUUAGAUUGGACCUGUA